AUGGCAUCAGCAGACCAACUUAUCGGAGCCCUGGAGGGCCUCGACGCGAACUCCUUCGUGAACGAAGCAGAGCGCGUCCGUGCCAUGGACGCGCUGUCGCUGGCCUUGAGCAAAGUACAAAAGCCGUGGGACAUUGUUUGGCAGCACUGUUGGGUCAACCCGGCCACCAAUGCAUGCGUCAAGACGUUGAUUGACGCGGGUGUCUUCAGCAAAUGGAUCGAGACGGGAGGCGGCGAAAAGACUUGCGCGGAACUGGCCGAGUUGACGGGUGCUGAUGUAGUGCUUGUUCGACGUAUGAUUCGGCAAAUCUCUGGGCAGAAUCUUGCCAUCGAGACCGCCGAGGACACCUAUGAACCUACACCGUGGAUACGCGCUCUUGCUGAAGAUCAGGCCCUCGCCAAUGUCUAUGGUGAAUUUUAUGGCUUCGUCAAUUCCCCUAUGUUCAGGACUUUGCCUGCCUACCUCAAGAAGACGGGAUACAAGGUUCCUACUAACCCCAACGACUGCAACUGGCAGUUCAUGAAAGGCUCGAAUGAAAAUUUGUUCCAGUCCCUUGGCGCGAACCCUGCCGCUGCAAGGGAAUUCAAUGAUGCCAUGGAAAGCCACUCCAAGCAUAACCUGACGCCCUGGGUUGAUGUUUACCCAACCGAGACUCUUGUAAAAGAAUCCAAGCCUGACCGGCCCCUAGUUGUCGAUGUCGGUGGUAGCAAGGGUCACGACCUGAUCAAGUUCCAUCUGCGCCACCCUGAUAUCCCUGAGGGCAGUCUGGUGCUUCAAGACCUGCCCGAUAUUCUCAAGGAGUUGACAAUUGACGACACCAUCUCCAUCCACCCACAUGACUUUUUUGAACCACAGCCCGUGAAGGGUGCUCGUGUCUACUUCAUGCACAACGUGCUCCACGACUGGGAAGACACACAGGCGAAGCAGAUUCUUUCUCACCUUGCUGGAGCUAUGGAACCCGGAUACUCAAAGCUGCUCAUCCACGAAAGUUUGGUCAGCUCUGUGAAGCCGCUCGCUCGUGUGACAACGUCCGAUAUCACCAUGAUGGCGUGCCUUGGUGCGAAGGAGAGGACGGAGGCUGAGUGGCGGGGGCUGGUGGAAAGUGCGGGAUUAAAGGUGCUUAACAUCUGGAGACCACCUCACUCCGUGGAAAGUGUUAUUGAGGCAGAGCUAGCUUGA